UGCUUCGGAAACAAGUUCUGCAUGAAAUUCCGAAGGGGUGAAUACAAGUAGCUCGACUGUCAUUGGCAAAAACAUAAAGUUUUUAAUUAGCUAUGGUAUUAUAGGAGCAUACAACUAAGUUCAGUAAUAUUGAUCACAGUCUAAAUCUAUCUUUUUUGGCUUUUUCAACUGGCUAGCUGUUAAGCUAGCGCAUUUAGCUACAUCAUAAUGUCGCCUACGAGAGUUCUGUCAUGACAGGUAACUAGCUAGCUAGUAUUUGGGUGACCGAAAGAAGGUUGACGGGUCCUCGGUGUGGCCUGGAGUGUGGAAGUGGAGCGACAGCUCUCCCUGCUGUCCCGGCUGGAUGCCACGGGACUGUUGUACCGACAGAGCAGCUGUGCCAGUUCUGUCCAUGGCAGAGUCAGAAGACAGCUGUGUCAGACGCUUCCGAGCUGCAGUUGACGUCAUACAGAAUCUCCCAAAAAACGGGGCCUACAGACCCUCCUAUGAGGUGAUGCUGCGCUUCUACGGGCUCUACAAGCAGGCGGUCUGCGGCCCCUGCAGGGCCUCCCGCCCGGGCUUCUGGGACCCCGUCGGCCGCUACAAAUGGGACGCCUGGAGUCACCUGGGAGAGAUGAGCAGCAGCGCGGCCAUGACGGCGUAUGUGGAGGAGAUGAAGAAGGUGGCGCAGGAGGUGAUUGACACGAUGCCAAUGAACGAGAAGACGGCGUCUCUCUUCCACUACUUCGAACCUCUCUACCUCGUGAUUCAUGACAUGCCAAGGCCGCCAGAGGCGCUGCUGAAUCUCAGGGCAGAACUGGAGGGGAGUGAGCAGACAGCCAGCCCAACAGAGGCCCAGACUGAGAUGACAGAGGAGCCUUCCACGAGGCAGGAAGCGUGUCAGAGGAAGUCCAGUGACUGUCACAGCACUACUUUGCCUGAUGGCUUAAUACUGACAAGUGACUCAGAGAGUGAGGUCUUCUGUGAUUCGCUGGAGCAGCUGGACCAAAAUAAGGACCGCACCCCUGUAUCCAAGGUGACGCAGGUGGGAGCUGGGCAAGGCGGAGAAGGGGCGGGAGAAGGAAGACCUCCACCAAUGAGAGGGAGAGGCUCAGGCAGGGAGAUGCGGCAGGGGCAUCGGAGGGAGGAGACACGCGGCGAGCCGCGGGGCGGCGCCCGGCACCCGGGGGGCGGGGCCCCGGGGCCCGGGGGCGGAGACGGCUGGGAGGGAGGAGGCGGAGCCGAGCGGGCGCAGGACGCGCAGCUGCAGCUGCAGCAGCAGAUCGUGUCGGCGCUGCGUCGGCUGCGCGAGGACAUGCACAGCGUGAUGGAGCGGCUGGAGGCCGUGGAGAGGCUUGCGGCUGCGCAGGCUCAGAAUGCUGAGUGGAGGUCCGCCGUUCAGUUCCCUGCUCCCUCGCCGGAGGAGAGCCAGUGGUGGCCGUUCGACGUGUCCGGACGCACGAUGCUGCUCCUGCUGCUCUGGCCCUUCGUCGCCCAGGGGCUGGUGUUCCUUCUGCGCCGCGCGCAAAAGAAGCCCCGCUUCGCCGCGUAGAAAGGUUCCCCCCUCCAAGAGGGAAAGAAAGAGAAACUGCCAUUUUCCAGUCACCAAACCAAGUGCGGUGGACCGGGUACACCCUGCCAUCAUGGGGCUAAGUCUCUGUAAACCCUUUUGGUCUAGGCCAACGCUCUGUUACGUGAACCACUGUUUCGUUGUGUGACACCUCACAGGAACUAAAAUGCACAAUACAAAACAUAAUUUUUUUGUUUUUUUAUGCAAUAAUGUACUGUCAUUGAAUGUUUUAAGUUUUAUGUUAACUAGCGAUGUAGUGACGUGCGCACUACAACAGUGAACAUGUUCGUUACGGAGUAUCUAUUUAUUAUCCCGUAGAUUAAAAGAUUUGCAGAGAUUUGGAUUUUGAAAACUAAGGAAAUUCCUCUUAAUGGCAGAGGGCGUAUUCGGUUCAUGGUACGCAGAUCAUUGUCUUCGGAGGGGGGAAUCGUUGGUGACUCGGCAUAUGAAGGAAACGUUUGGAAAAUGACUGCCUGUCCAACAUAACGCCUUUGUCGCAGCAUGUGACUUCUCUGCUGGCCUCCUGAUAUCAAAGUCAGCAUUUUCCCCCUCUUGGGUGUGGAUAGAUUUUCACACCCUGUCACCUUCUGGGUCUCGGCCUGCUAUAUCGGAAGAGGAAUGGAAAUGAUGCAAAACGAAACAGUUUAUCUAGCGCACAAACUGUGGAAAGCAGACGUGCAGCAUCUCUCCGCUUUCUGCAAGCAUGAAAAUGAAUAGGCCUCAAAUGACCAUGUUCCAUGUGUUGGGCUGUAAUAAAGUACAGUUUCACCCCCACACCUUAUACACACUGAUUCUUGUGAACAAGCGUAUAAUUCUAAAUAAUAACAAUUGGAGGAGAAAAAAACAAGCGAUAUGGGUAGCGGUAUCAGUGAUAUGUUUUAAACAAUGCUCUCUUCCUCUACCGAGGGAGAACAAAAGCUCAUUUUUCCAAAACUAUUAUUCAACUCUAAAUGUAAUGCCUAAGCAUGAUAACCAGAAUUCAGAGAAGUCCAUUCAGAAAGUAAUUCUCAAUGACCUAUACCACUGCACUGUAAUUAACAAUAUAUGCAUUGCAAUUAAGUGACACAGUAACUUCAAUUGGAUAGCUUGACAGAUGUGGACUGAGGUCUCUAACAGUCUGAAUUCUGGUUUUCAAAUAACUGGUGCCUACUCCAUGUGAAGCAUGUAAAGUAAAGGAUUAACAGGUUGAGAUUUAGCAGGAAAAUGUCAUUGAUUGUACAAUAAUGUUUACAAUUAUUAAAUACAAAUUGUGUCCUUG